UCGCUGGGGCGGGGCCAGGCGUCGGUCACGUAGCUCAGGUUCUAGGGCUGUGGCCACCGCGUGUGUCGCUCCGUCAGUCUGGUCCAUCCCACCGUCUCUCUGCCAUCAUGCCGAUGUUCGUCGUGAAUACCAACGUGCCCCGCGCCUCCGUGCCCGACGGGCUUCUCUCCGAGCUCACCCAGCAGCUGGCGCAGGCCACUGGCAAGCCGACCCAGUACAUCGCGGUGCACGUGGUCCCGGAACAGCUCAUGGUCUUCGGCGGCUCCAGCGAGCCGUGCGCGCUCUGCAGCCUGCACAGUAUCGGCAAGAUCGGCGGCGCGCAGAACCGCACCUACAGCAAGCUGCUGUGCGGCCUGCUGGCCGAGCGUCUGCGCAUCAGCCCCGACAGGAUUUACAUCAACUAUUACGACAUGAACGCGGCCAACGUGGGCUGGAACAGCUCCACCUUCGCCUGAGCGCUGCGCGGGCCCGCCUUGGUCUGCAGUGGCCAUGCCCUCCCCGCCCCCGGCCAGCCCACUUCCUAGUCAGAAGAAAUAAACUGUUCAGAGAUCA